AUGGUGAGGAAGGCUUCGGCACAUCCUCUUUUCAGCACCACACCACUCACAUACCUUCUGCUAUUCGAUAUUAGCGUAUUAGCUUCUGCGGAAUCGUUGUAUUAUAAGAAGCAACCAAGGUGCUCUCCUUUCUCCUGCGGAUCUCUGCAAGGCAUCCAUUAUCCGUUCCGCUCGGAAAGCGACCCCCCCGAAUGCGGUGAUCCUCGGUACCAGCUUGCCUGCGAGGAUGGUAACAAGACUGUCUGGGAUAUCCACCGACCUGGGACGUACUACUACGUUCCCGAUAUCACUGAUGACGAUUUCACAGUUGUCGAUGCCAACUUGGCUAACGGCAGCUGCAGUCUUCCCUUGCAGUCUCUUUCCCGCUCCGCCGUCGAGAACAUAGGAUUCAAUGCAAAUGAUUUUACGUGGGCUACCUUCGUGAGCUGUACAAGAACAAUCAAAAACAAUAUAUACAACUUUGUUCCUUGUUUGAGCAAGACCGAUGCAUUUGUGUACGUUAUACUUUCAAAGGGCGCGCUUCAGCUGGACUACGCGGAGCCUUUCUGUAGCUUUGUAGCUAUGACUCCGAUUACGUCUGAUUAUGNUGAAAACAUUGUCGCGCCGGAGCAUCCCACAACAGAUGUCUUUCAGCUCCUGAAGCUUGGAUUUUCUGUUCCGAUUUACGCAAGUCUUCCGAUGUCUCAAGCCAUUCGUGAUUGUGUAAAAGAAGCUGCAACGAGCUUAUGGAAGAAUACAUACGGAGCUGGGAUUCUCUCUCUGAGAUUCUCCUUUGCUCACAGUGAAGAGACUUUGAUAGCAUGUAUGUGGAACAAUUACAAUCCCCCUUCACAAUGGGUUCAAGCUCGCUUGUGGGCAGUAGGGUGUAUUCUACUUGGUUUGACAGGUCUCUCAAUUCUCGGCAGAUUUGUUAUUGCGCCAUUGGCAAUAUUCCUCUUCUUGGCGCACAAGUUGUGGAGAGAAAAGAAAUCAGUGGACGCCGUCGAGAAGUUCCUACGAAACCAGAGGGCGCUCGUGCCGAGGAGGUACGCAUAUACCGACCUCAUUGCGAUCACGAGCCACUUCAGAGAAAAGCUCGGCCAAGGAGGAUUUGGUUCUGUAUCCAAAGGUGUUCUCCCCGGCGGCGUUCUUGUGGCAGUGAAGAUGUUGUUAAGCAAUUCUAGAUGCAAUGGGGAAGAGUUCAUCAACGAGGUCUCUACCAUCGGUAGGAUCCACCACGUCAAUGUGAUAAAGCUCAUCGGGUUCUGCUCCGAGGGAUCGAAGAGAGCCCUCGUCUAUGAGUACAUGCCUCAAGGCUCGCUCGACAAGCAUAUCUUCACUUCCAAUGGAGUCGCUGGUCGACGAGCAUUCACAUGGGACAAACUCAAUGACAUAGCCUUGGGAAUCGCCCGUGGCAUCAACUACUUGCACCAGGGAUGCGAUAAGAGGAUUUUGCACUUCGACAUCAAGCCACAGAAUAUCCUCUUAGACCGUAACUUCACUCCAAAGGUUGCGGAUUUUGGACUAGCAAAAUUGUAUCCAAAGGACACCAGCCUCGUGUCGAUGAGUACUACUAGAGGAACAACAGGAUACAUAGCACCUGAAUUGAUUUCCAGGAGCUUCGGGAUCAUAUCUCACAAGUCUGACGUCUACAGCUUUGGAAUGCUACUGAUGGAGAUGGCAGGAGGAAGGAGGAAUGCUGACCCUCGAGCUGAGAAUUCAAGCCAGGCCUAUUAUCCUUCAUGGAUAUACGAUCGAUUAACCCAACCUGAAAUAAGUGAAAUAAGCACCACUUUUGAUAUUUCCGAGGGGGAGCGAAAGUUGUGCAUUGUUGGAUUGUGGUGUAUUCAGGUAAGACCAUCGGCUCGGCCUGCCAUGAGCAAAGUUAUAGAAAUGCUAGAAGCAGAUGUUGGAACCCUUGAAAUGCCGCCGAAGCCUUUCUUCUCUUCAGAAGAGCCGAUCCCUGCCAUUAGCAUAAGUUGCUUGGGUUCUUCUUCAGAGCUCCCUGCCAUCUCCGAAGAUGAGUGAUGAA